AUGGACAUGAUCAAUGUUGCAUGCAGAAGAGCAGCAGAUGUAGACAGGGAUCAUGGUGUCACCAGUGGAAGGCCUGCAGAGGAACAACCACUCUCAGCCACUGAGGAAUUCCUGGUGAACCUAAGCACACACAACAGCUUCCAGGCAUCCAUCACACCGUACAUUGUUGAUUUGGGUACCACAGUUUCCAUGGCAGUGAAGUGUGGAGGUGUGGCAGGUAUCGGACAAGGCUGUGGUCCUGCUCCUGGUAAGAACAGCACAGUUUUGUUAUACAUAUUUAUUAUUGAGCCAUACCAGAAUCUUCAGGCAAUGAUUUUUGCAAUAAAUGAACUGAAUAAUAAUCCUCAAAUUCUACCAAACCUCACACUUGGAUUUAAGAUGUUUGAUUCCUGCCUUUCAGAAGUCAGAGCUCUUGCUGGAGUCUUUUGGAUGUUAUCUGGGGUAGAGAAGGACAUUCCCAAUUAUGAAUGUCAGCAUCGCCCUCCAUUACAUGGCAUUGUUGGAGAUUUCCAGUCAAAUACUGCACUUCCCAUAGCAAGAGUUUUGGGACUGUAUGGAUACCCACAGGUUGGUUAUGGUUCUACAAUUGAAAUUUUGAGUGACAAACUACAGUUUCCAUCAUAUCUUCGCACAAUGCCAAAUGACAAAUUUCAGCCCCCAGUCUUAGCACAUUUAGUCAGACAUUUUAGUUGGAACUGGGUUGGAAUUAUAGCUUCAGAUAAUGAUUAUGGCCUCACGGGAAGUCAGAACCUGAAAAAAAUGUUGGCUACUAUUGGUGUGUGCGUUGCUUUCACAGAACUCAUUCCUUUGAGCAGCUCCAGACAACAAGUACUACGUACCGCCAAUACAGUUAAAAAAUCUUCUGCCUCUGUUGUCAUUGUCUAUUCAACCAGGAUGGAGCUUUUACCUUUAAUGGAAGAAAUUUCUAGACAAGACGUUAAAGGAAAAUUCUGGAUAGCCACUAUCAGCUGGAUAAUUUCCACAGUUUUCUCAAAUAAGGAAACAUGGGGAACUUUGAAUGGCACCUUAGGGCUUGCAAUUCACAGAGGUGAAAUUGCAGGAUUCAGUGAUUUCCUUCACUCGCUUCACCCUUCUACAUCUUCAGAUGAUAUUUACAUAAAAUCAUUUUGGGAGGAAGCAUUUGACUGCUACUGGCCAACUGAUGAAGCUGGCAAAGAGUCAAUGAAAGGGGGCAAAAUGAUUGUCCCUUGCACAGGAAAAGAAGAACUGGAAAGCUAUGACCUCUCUAAAUUUAAUUUAUUUGACUUCAGAUUUGCUUACAAUAGCUACAAGGCAGUAUAUGCCAUUGCACAUAGUUUAUAUAAUGUAGUCACUUGUAAACCCAACAGUGGCCCAUUUGUUAAUAAAACAUGUGCUAACAUUAAAGAUCUUAAGCCGUGGCAGCUUCUUUUUUAUAUCAAAAAUGUAUUUUUCAACACCACUGAUGGAGAGGAGGUGUUCUUUGAUACAAAUGGAGACACACCUGUGAUGUAUGACAUGUUAAACUGGCAGGCAGCCCCUGACAAAAGUACUUCAAAGUACAUACAUGUUGGAUACUUUAACUCUCGUGCUCCUACAGGAAACGAUAUACUCAUUAAUGAAAGCUUGAUUAUAUGGAGUGGGGGAACUACAAAGCCGCAGGGUGAACGGAUAUCUUCAUCACAGAUAUUAGUACAAUGGCAGACAAAGUUUUCCAAAAUCCCACGAUCAGUCUGCAGUGAGUCCUGCCCUCCUGGAACAAGGAAAGCUGUUCGCAGGGGAGAGCCAAUCUGCUGUUUUGACUGCAUCCCAUGUUCUAAAGGGGAGAUUAACAAUCAGACUGAUGCCAGUAACUGCUUAAGAUGUUUACAAGAUCAGUGGCCAAAUCACAACCUGACUCUCUGCAUCCAAAAGUCAGUGAACUUUCUUUCCUAUGAAGAACCAUUGGGACUAACCCUGACAACAGUUGCAUUUGUGUUCUCCUCAGUAUGUGCUUCAGUCUUAUACCUCUUUGUGAAGUACCGGGAUACUCCGAUUGUGAAAGCCAAUAACCGCAAUCUGAGUUACCUAAUUCUCAUAUCCUUGUUUCUCUGCUUCCUGUCUUCUCUGAUAUUCAUUGGUAGACCCAAACAACUCCCUUGUCUAUUCCGACAAACUGCUUUUGGAACAAUAUUCUCAGUGUGCGUGUCUGGAGUUUUGGCCAAAACUGUUACAGUGGUUAUUGCCUUUAAAGCUACAAAACCUGACAGUAAUUUAAGGAAUUAUGUGGGGCCAAAGACACCAUACUCCAUUGUCUUUGGUGGGUCAUUUCUUCAAAUCUCUAUAUGUACUAUAUGGUUAGCAAGAGAGCCUCCUUUUCCAGAGAUGAACAUGAAAACUGAAGACGGGAAAAUUGUAAUGGAAUGCAAUGAAGGUUCAGUAACCAUGUUCUAUAUUAUGCUUGGAUAUCUAGGCAUCCUAGCAAGUGUCAGCUUUAUUGUUGCCUUUCUAGCAAGAACUUUGCCAGACAUUUUUAACGAAGCUAAAUUUAUCAGUUUCAGCAUGAUUGUGUUUGUUACUGUUUGGUUGUCUUUCAUCCCGGCAUACCUCAGCACCACAGGAAAAUAUAUGGUAGCUGUGGAGAUAUUUGCCAUCUUGGCAUCAGGUACUGGUAUAAUUGUUUGCAUAUUUUUCCCAAAAUGCUACAUCAUUCUUCUCAGACCAAGCUUGAAUACAAGAGGACAAGUAAUGGGUAACAAAAGCUCUAUAAAGAACCUAUAG